UUCUCAGAUAACAGUUUGCCUGCAUGGAGAGAAGCGAAGAUUUGCCCAGGCUUUGACGCCCAUGUCCCCGGCCUAGCGAGUGCAGACGAAGUUUUUCUGCAGAGAAGUGAAGAUUUGGCCAGGAAAGAGCCGGAGCUGAGCCUUGGUCCCUCCUGGCCUUGGAAUCUACCAAUCUCCACCAUGACUUCUUGCAAUCCGUCUUCUCGCUCUGGUUCCACCCAGGGGACAGAAAUACAAACUGGGCAGCAGGGGCCGGGGGCUCAGCCAGAGCCGGGCCGCCCGGUGCAGCUGGUGUGUCUGGACGAGAAAGGGGACCUGACCCUGGAUAAGGAGGCCCUGAGGCGCUGCCUGGAGCAGGGUGGGGUGGGGGACGCCCCCGUCUGCCUGGUGUCCAUCAUCGGAGAGCAGCGCCGGGGCAAAUCCUUCCUGCUGAACUGCCUGCUGCGCCAGCUCCAGAGCCCGGAGGCUGUGGAUGCGUCAUGGAUGGACCGAGAAGACGAGGUCCUGGGGGGGUUUGAGUGUUGUAAUGGGAUAGAGACCGUGACAAAGGGGGUAUGGAUGUGGGACCAGCCCCUCUGGGUCCAGGACCAAGGGAGGAGGGUGGCCGUGUUCCUGGUGGACACCGAGGGCUGCCUGGACCUGCAGCGCCCCAUGGAGACCAGCAUCAAGCUCUCCGUGUUCAGCAUAUUGCUCAGCUCCUACUGGAUCUUCAAUAUUUCCAGCACGUUUACGCGGAUGGAGGCAGAUUAUUUGGAGAUGUUCAUUCAAGUUGCGAAGGAGGUUGGAGAGACCUGCAAUCUGGCCCCAAUCCAGCACCUGGACCUGUUGGUGCGAGAUUGGCAGCUCUCCGGAGCCUACGGCGCAGACGGGGGGCAGGAGUAUCUCAGAGACACCACACAGAAACUGGAGGCCUCUGCUCAGCAGCCCCUGGUGGUUGAAGCCCUGAGGGAAAGCGGCACCCGGUGCUACCUACUGCCCCACCCUGGCACAGAGUUCAUCAGGAGUGGGGCAGGGAUGCCAGGCAACACCUGGGUCCCUCCUGGAUGCCUAUGUCCUUUCCCCCCCCCCGCAGACAUGGACAAGUAUUUCCGACAUUACCUGCGGGACUACCUCAGCACCGUGGAGUGCUCAGCAGGGACACACGCCCGGACGGACCAAGCCAGGCAGGGGCUGACUGGGGCUCAGCUGGCUGCCAGGAUCAAGGACGUCUCCCAAUACUUGAAGACCAAACGCUACAACUUCUCCUCCCCUGUGAAGAUGUCCGAGCUGUUUGCAGCCAUGAGAGAGGAGAUAAACAGCAGAGCAGUAGAAGCCGCCAGCCAGGAAUAUGAACAAUUUGUGCAGCAGCUGGACCGUGACCACCAGAGCACGAGCAGCUGCCUGAAUGUGGAGCCUGCAGAGAUGCAGCAACGCCUGGAGGUGAAACGCCAGGAGCUGCUGGAGCGCUGCCGGGGGGAGCUGCGGGGCAAGGACCCCGAGAAACAGGCGGCCCUGGAGGAGCUGAAGCAGGGGCUGGACAGGCUGAUGGCCCAGUUCCUGCCGGGAUAUGAACAGCGCUUUAAAAUGGCUGAGAUGGCAGAGAUGAGAGAGAAGGCAAACAGAAAAGCAGUAGAAGACACCAGGAGGGAAUAUGAACAAUUUCGAGAGAAGCAGGACCGUGACCACCAGACCAUGAGCAGCUGCCUGAGUGUGAAGCCCCUGGAGAUGCAGCAACGCCUGGAGGAGAAACGCCAGGAGCUGCUGGAGCGCUGCCGGGGGGAGCUGCAGGGCGAGGAUCCCCAGAAACAGGCGGCCCUGGAGGAGCUGAAGCAGGAGCUGGACAGGCUGAUGGCCCAGUUCCUGUCGGACUACAAACUGCGCUUUAAAAUGGCCGAGAUGUCAGCGAUAAUACAGGAGGUAAACAGGAGAGCAGUAGAAGCCACCAGGAGGGAAUUUCAACAAUUUGUGAACCAACGGGACCGUGACCACGGGAGCAUGCGCCGCUGUCUGAGGGUGAAGCCCCUGGAGAUGCGGCAUCGCCUGGAGAGGAAACGCCAGGAGCUGCUGGAGCGCUGCCGGGCGGAGCUGCUGGGCGAGGAUCCCCAGAAACAGGCUGCCCUGGAGGAGCUGGAGCAGGGGCUGGACGAGCAGACGACCCCGUUCCUGUCAACCUACAGGGAGCGCUUUGAAAGGGCUGUGAUGGAGGCAAACAGCAGAGCAGUAGAAGCCGCCAGGACGGAAUAUGAACAAUUUGUGCAGGAGCAGCACCGUGACCACCGGAGCAUGAUCAGCUGCCUGAAUGUGGAGCCUGCAGAGAUCCAGGAUUGCCUGGAGGAGAAACGCCAGGAGCUGCUGGAGCGCUGCCGGGGGGAGCUGUGGGGCGAGGAUCCCCAGAAACAGGCUGCCCUGGAGGAGCUGGAGCAGGGGCUGGACAAGCAGACGACCCAGUUCCUGUCAACCUACGGGCAGCGCUUUAAAAGGGCUGAGAUGGAGGCAAACAGCAGAGCAGUAGAAGCCGCCAGGACGGAAUAUGAACAAUUUGUGCAGGAGCAGGACCGUGAGCACCGGAGCAUGAGCAGCUGCCUGAGUGUGGAGCCUGAAGAGAUGCAGCGUUGCCUGGAGGAGAAACGUGAGGAGCUGCAGGAGUGCUGCCGGGGGGAGCUGCGGGGCGAGGAUCCCCAGAAACAGGCUGCCCUGAAGGGGCUGGAGCACGAUCUGGACAAGCAGAUAACCCAGUUCCUGUCAACCUACGGGGAGCGCUUUAAAAAGAAUACCAUAUUGAAGGGCGUGUGCAUCGUGGGGGGCAGCCUGGCUGUCGUGGGCGCAGCUGCCGGGGCGGGCAUUGGUGUGGGCGUGGCUGCCGUUGUGGCGGCUGUGGGGGAAGGAGCGGCCAUCGCGGUCGGGGCGGGGGGCGGUGGCCUGAUUGGGGGAGGUGCGGGGGCCUGGUUAGGACAGAAGUUCGGCCGGAACAAGACAGGCAGAAACACUGCAGGGCAGGGCAGCUCAGAUCGGGAACCCCUGACAUCGCGGAGGGGGACAUAGUGGGAAGGAGCCAUCACACCCCAACCUGAGCAAGACUCUGUCCCAGCCCUCAGCACCGGGAACCUCUGUAUGCAAGGAGAUAGAUAGAUAGAGGGGGUGUAUGGGGAUGGAUAGAUAGAUAGAUAGAUAGAGGGGGUGUAUGGGGAUGGAUAGAUAGAUUUAUAGAAUCAGACAGAAAGAACUUACACCAGGUAGCCAGAUAUCAAAAGGACACAGAUCGAUUGAUUUACAGCGGGGUCACGGAGAUCAGAAUCCAGCCCUGACCCCAUCGACGUCAGUCGAUAAAUAACCCUGCCCUGAAUCCUGUGCUCUGAGCUGGCCCCUCCAUUCCUCAGUCACAAAUUUCAUUGGUUUUCAUUUUCAACACAUGUGAGUAAAAUUGAUUCUCAUAUUUUG